AUGGAGGCAUUUAGCAGAUAUGAGUUGGGUCAGGGAAGGUCGGCCCAGGUCGAUCUGUUGUUGGAAGAUGAGGAUAUGGAUUUUUAUAGUCACGAAGAUCUCCUCGAAUUGUCCAAAAUUGAAAACAGCAUUGUGAAUUUGUUUUUGGGACACGUGCAAUGCGGUUUCAUGAAUCAAAAUCAAAUUCUCGAAGCCUAUCAACAAACCUAUUCUCGACCACUACAAUGGGAAGAAUUUGCUCGAACCUCUGAUGGCACAUUUGAGGAAUUCCUUGGUGAAACAUGGGAUUCAUUCAAGGUCAUAAUGUGUCCUAAAGAUCAAGUAACUUGGAUCGGUGUGAACUUGCCGAAUUUUCCAAAGUUAGAUAAUAAUAGUCUUGAAGCCAUCACCACGAAACCGUGUAUUAAAGAAUUCAGUCGGAUCAUGUAUGAUGUCAAAGUGUGGGAUUCCCAGCAUCAAGACGAGGAGGAAAAGACUCGGAUGAAGACAGAGAACAUCUUAUGGAAACUAAGGCACUUGGUGAUGAACAAAACAAUCGCGAGUACAUGUUGCAUUAAAUUUAUGUAUAAAAUUUUGUACGAACGAAGAAUUGAUAUUUCCAGUACAAAAUAUAAAUCGUUAGAGGAGUUACUAGAGGAAUCCGUUAAUUGGAGAAAGAUAGGGGAUUCAUACAUGAUGGUAAAAACGACAGAUCAAAAAUUUGGAGAAUUAAAGAGAAAAAAAUGGCGGCAAAAGAGUCAGGAUUACGAGAAGAUAAGUGAAUUGCAACGAAUGACGUUGUCAAUUUUGACGGGUGAAUAUUUUGGAGAUGUCAUGUAUUGA